UUUUAGUUAGCAGAAACAAAACAAAACAAAAACCAAUCCUUUUUCCUUUCUUUCUUUUUCUCUCAGAAACAUUUCAUCAAACACCAUGUCAGCUCCACUACCACUAACCCUUUUCCUCUUCUGCGUUAUCAUCUUCUUCUUCCAUUGCUGCAUGUGCAAUGACUCAUCAUCAACAACAACCCUUCAAACCCUUAAGCCCAUCCUCCCAAACACAAGCCCAAGCCCAGGCCCAUCUCAUCCAUCAACAGCAACAAUCCCUGCAUUCCCUGAACAAUCUGAUGUCAAAGGUUGCCCCUUGACACUCUCAGAUGAACUCUUUGACGGUAUAAAGAAUGCUUGUGGAGGCGGUGGUGGUGGUGGUUCUGACAUGGAGCUCCACCGCACACGGUGCUGCCCUGUUCUUGCAUCAUGGUUAUACUCUGCAUAUUCUUCCACUGCAUUAACCCAUAGCCAUACCCACACAUCAUCAUCAUCAUAUGAGAUGCCAUUGUUACCAGAUGACUCAGAAACAUGUGUGAAUGACUUAGAGAAUGCACUGAAAGUGAGAGGGAUUCAGCUGAAAAGACCCAAUGAGACAUGUGAUCUUGUGUUCUGCUUCUGUGGGAUAAGGCUUCACCCUCUGAGUUGCCCAGAUGCAUUUUCAGUUAAUGAAAAUGGUGAACUUGUUGGGGAUAAAACUGUGAGAAGGUUAGAGAAGAAUUGCAUCAGUAGAACCAACAAUGUCAAUGGCUUCCCUGGUCUUGGUGGCUGCUCCAAGUGCUUGAACACACUCUACAGGCUUAACAAGAAAGCUUCAAAUUCAAGCAAAAUAGAAGACAGGACGGCCAAGAUCCACGACAAAGAUUGCGAGCUGAUGGGCUUGACAUGGCUUCUAGCUAAGAACACAACGACUUAUAUUCACACGGUUUCUGGGGUUCUUCGCGCUCUGAUGUUGAACCCUGAUGGCUCUAACCCCCAAUCAUGCACACUAAACAGUGAUGGAAUGCCACUUGCAGUUGAUUCGUCCGAACUCUCGGAUCACUCUACAUCAGCCAAACUCCAAGCACCCAUCUCUUCUUGUUUGUUAUUAUUUUGUUUUCUUCUAUUUGUUCAGCUUAAUGUGUUUUCCUUCUAGCUCAUAUCAGAACCAUGUAAGAUUGAGUGAUUGACAUUCAAACAUGAUAUUUUGUAGAUUAUGUUUGUAUGUUUUGGUGCUUAGGAAUGUAAUUUUUCUUGUUUAUUAACCAAUGAGAACAUUUUGUUACUCAUUCUGCCGGGUAAAUGGUUCAACACACGCCUCUGUAUUCUUGGAUCAAGUGUAGAUCCCACAUUUGAUGCAACAGUACAAGGGUGUGUAUUGAUUUAGUGUAUAACAAUACAAGUCUAAGAGUUGGUAUAGUUUUUUUGGUU